GGGUCAGCAGUUCUCGACUCCACUCUAAGCCUAUAUAAAAUGUAAACCACCUCCUCCCCGUUUCUCCUACAAUACUCAUCAACUCCUCACCUCCACCUUCCACCACCACAUUUGCCACCGCCACCACCACUUGAAAAAUGACGGAGGAGAAGUGUGCCGAUGACCAUAGCGAGCGACGGAUAAUAAUCCGGCGAUGUUGCACCGGCCUUCUAAUCUUCACCUUCACCAUCCUAGUAAUAAUCCUCCUAAUUUGGGCCAUUCUCCAACCCAAGAAACCCCACUUUACCCUCCAAGACGCCACCAUCUUCAGCCUCAACGUCUCCUCCCCGAACAUCAUCUCUUCCAGCAUUCAAGUCACCAUCAACUCCCGGAACCCUAAUUCCAGAAUCGGCAUUUACUACGAGAAAAUGGAAGUAUACGCCACCUACCACAACCAACAAAUUACCUACUACACCGUCAUUCCGCCGGUGUACCAAGGCCACAAGGACAUCAAUAUCUGGUCGCCAUUCGUUUACGGAAGUAAUGUCCCGGUGGCGCCAUACAACGGCGUUGCCCUCAGCCAGGAUAAAUCCAAUGGAGCCAUUUGGCUGAUUAUCAAGAUCAAUGGCCGUGUUAAAUGGAGAGUUGGGUCCUUCGUCUCCGGCAGGUACCAUCUCCAUGUCACCUGUCCGGCGUAUAUUCCUCUCGGAUAUAGCCGGAAUACUGGGAUUGUCGUCGGAAAUGCAAUCAAGUAUCAGCUUUCACAGACCUGUAGUGUCAGUGUGUGAUCAAGAAAAGGGCUAAUUUUUCUUCCUAUAUAAGUAAUGCAGUUUAUGUUAUAUUUUAUAAAUUAACUUUUUUCUUGUUUGCUUUUAAUUAAUGUUCUAUGUAUCAUAUAAUUGUACAUUUUGCUGAUGAAUAAGAAAGCAAAAUUACAAUUCUGUAAUAAUUGAUUGCUGGUAAUUUCCUCUCCGUUGUAGUGAAGUUUACUUUAUGGAGUCACUUUUUCUUGAA